AUGUCGGUGUCACGCGUUUCGUUGUUCGUCGUGGUGGCGCUGUUGUACAUGGAAUGCUGCCAUACAGCCUCGAUCCCCAGGAACUACGAGGGUCGUCUGCCAGAGGAAAUGCUGAUGACGCCCAAGAAGAGACCCUUCUGCAAUGCUUUCACUGGCUGUGGACGCAAGAGAUCCCAACAGGCUCCCGGGAUGCCCGCUCAAGAGCUGAUGAGGCAGAAACAGUAUGUCGACGACGAGACCCUCGGUUCACUUCUAGAUUCAGAAACCACCAUUGAAGAGUUGUCCAGGCAGAUCCUUUCCGAAGCGAAGCUCUGGGAGGCAAUUCAAGAGGCCAGCGCGGAAAUCGCUCGACGAAAACAAAAAGAAUCAUAUUAAAUCGAUUACAACGAAAUAUCGAUACCG